GCGGAAACGGGAAUUUUAAUCUGGAGUACAGUGUAAUUUGUUCAAUAUACAGUCACUACUAAAUAUCAUAAUUAAUUUGUAGUUGAGUUAUGCCUGCGGCCAGUUUUUGGAGCAAGCAUCAAAAUGGCUGGAGGAGAAAAUCAAUUGCCAUAUCUACUAACUGGCUGUAUUUUUUAUGCAUUUGGUAUUAAGUGGUGUUGUGAAUAUGCAAAAUUAUGGUACGUCAAUCCAAAGUCUCGUCAACACCGUGAUAAUCCAAAGUUGGGAGCAAUGCUUAGAUUUCGUAAAACAUGCCUGAAGAUGCUGCAUAGUCAUCCUAUUGAAGGAAGUCUAAAAUUAAUUGCUACUGCCAUUGGUUUAGCUGGAACAUUAACUGGUGGCUUACCAAACUCUGGAAUUGUUUCGCCCAAAGUUGUGCAUGCUACUAUUUAUCUAUUCUUUGCUUUUUCUGGGCUCGUAGAUGUUCUUCAUUUUUAUUUUCCUCACAAUAUUAGUAAUGGUUUAUCAAAAAUGGCUUUAGCACAGAGUUUUUUUAUCGAGGGAUUUUUAUUUGUGUGGGCUAGCGUUAGUGAAAGUCCUGUGGUUAAUAUGAUUCUGGCAGCAACUGUAUGGCUAACAAGCAUAGCUGUAACAUUAGAAUUGGUUUGGCCAGAAGUAAAAUUAUUGAGAGGAGCUACAACGUUAUUGCAUGGAGGAUGGAUCGCGCAUAUGGUCAGAGUAUUUCGUAACGAACCUUUAACUUUAGAAAAAAUAGCUUUGGCAUUUUCCUGGCACAUAGCUGGAGCUUCAACUGUUACACUUCUUGUUGUAGCAAUAACCCGAAGCUGCUUGCCUCGUGAGCCUCCUCCACCACCAGAAGUUCCAAUCUAUGAUUAUUGCAAUGAAUUGGAAAUUCGUUCUACCUAAAGAGAUUUAAUAAAAUUUUUCUUAUUUUAAAAAUUU